AGAGUAUGGCUCUGCCAGUGGGACCCAGCUGGUGCUGCUCUGACUCUGCCAGUAUGACUCUAGCAGUGCAGCCCUGGCAGUGUGCCACAAUGAGUAUGUUAUCUAUGUAAGUGAGUAAACCACUUUCUUUGCCACCUCUCACAGAUAUCGAUGAAUGUGUCAAUGCCACAAUUUGCGGGUUGAAUGCAUAUUGUCAGAACGUAGCUGCUUCCUACCAGUGCCACUGUGACCAGGGUUACCAGAUGACAUCAGAUGGUUCGCGGUGUGUGGAUGUGAACGAGUGUGAGACUAUCGAGGGUGUCUGUGGCUCUGCAGUCUGCGAGAACGUGGCCGGUUCAUUCUUCUGUCUUUGUCUGGAUGAAAAUGAAGAGUUUGAGCCAAGGACAGGACGGUGCAAUCGACGACCUGUCCCGGGCCGGCCGAUGUUCCUGGGAGAGACCAUGAGGGAGGAGAAUGAGUGUUACUACAACUUAAACGACGUGCAGCUAUGUGAAAACAUUCUGGCACGGAAUGUCACAAGACAGGAAUGUUGCUGCACUGUGGGCGAGGGCUGGGGGAGAGAGUGCCGAAUCUACCAGUGUCCUGUCCCUGGCUCGGAUGAAUAUCAGUCUCUGUGUCCUCAAGGGCAAGGAUUUCUCUCCAUCCCACAGUCAUCAUUUGGAAGGAACUACAAAGAUGCUGAUGAAUGUUCCCUGUUCGGAUCUGAGGUCUGUAAGAAUGGCGUCUGUGUGAACACAGUUCCUGGUUAUUCCUGUUACUGUCCGACCGGCUAUUAUUACCACUCCAUUCGGCUGGAGUGCAUUGAUAAUGAUGAGUGUGAGGAAGAGACUGCCUGUGAUAACGGCGAGUGUGUGAACACAGUUGGAUCCUAUUACUGUUCUUGUCAACCUCCCCUCAUUCUUGAUGUGACACUUCGACGAUGCAUCUCGAACAGCAGUGAGCAGUUUGGUAAGUGGCCAGGGCUGGGCGAGUGUUAG